UUCACAGAGAGUAUAAUUCAGCCAGCAAGAAAAAGAGUAAUGUGUCCUCCUUUUCCUCUCUCUCCUCUUUCAGUCAAGACUCUUCUUUUCCUUCAACUCCAAUGUUUUUUGUUUUGGAUUAACCAGGACUAAAGCCCUCCUAUCUGGCUUUUUUAAAGUAUUGAAAGACUAGGCUUCUUUUAUCAUUUCCAACAGCAGUACCCCCAGCGCUUGUGGAGACUAAAGGCUGCUUUUCUUUUCUGAAAUUGUAACCUAUGGGGAUAUUUAGCGUUAAAUAAAGGAAGGGAUUCAUUUCAGAAGUGCUGUGCAGUGGCUUCAUUCCUCAGUGCAGACCUCGUUUCAGACGACGCAGAUCCCCUUGAAGCUGUGGGAAUCAUGGAUAUGAACUCGCUGGCGUUGGAGGCUAGCCUGGUACCUAAGAAGGCUGCCAACGGGACUCCACCAGCCCUGCCUAUCAAACGUCCACCCAAGCCUGCCAAAAAGACUAAAAAAGCUGUUGUUUUCUUUGAGGUGGAGAUCUUGGAUGCCAAGACCAAGGAGAAGCUAUGCUUCCUGGACAAGGUGGAGCCCAAUGCCACAAUUGGAGAAAUAAAGGGGAUGUUUCAUAAAUCCCAUCCUCAGUGGUAUCCUGCUCGACAGUCCAUCAGACUCGACCCCAAAGGCAAGUCUCUAAAAGAUGAAGAUAUUUUGCAGAAUCUUCCUGUGGGGACCACUGCCACUCUUUACUUCAGGGACCUGGGAGCCCAGAUCAGCUGGGUCACUGUGUUCCUGACUGAGUACACUGGACCUCUUCUCAUCUACCUGCUGUUCUACUUCAGGGUCCCCUUCAUCUACCCACCCAAAUAUGACUUCACCACCAGCAAGCAUUGGGUUGUACACCUGGCCUGCAUGUGUCACUCUUUCCACUAUGUGAAAAGGCUAAUGGAGACGCUGUUUGUUCACCGGUUCUCUCAUGGCACCAUGCCACUAAGGAACAUCUUCAAGAACUGUACGUACUAUUGGGGCUUUGCAGCGUGGAUGGCAUACUACAUCAAUCACCCUUUCUACACACCUCCAAUGUAUGGAGAACAGCAAGUGAAGAUUGCUCUAAUUAUUUUCCUGUUCUGUCAGAUCGGAAACUUCUCUAUUCAUAUUGCGCUAAGAAACCUUCGGCCACCAGGCUCCAAGACCCGGAAGAUUCCCUACCCCACAAAGAAUCCCUUCACAUGGCUCUUCUUGCUGGUCUCUUGUCCCAAUUAUACCUACGAGCUGGGUUCCUGGGUGGGCUUCACGGUGAUGACCCAAUGUCUGCCAGUGGCCUUCUUCACUCUUGUGGGUUUCAUCCAGAUGACCGUGUGGGCGAAGGGGAAGCACCGCAGCUACCUGAAGGAGUUUCGGGACUACCCUCCUCUGCGCUCCCCUAUUAUGCCUUUCCUACUGUGAGCUACUGUAGAUCACCUCACAUUACCAUUGGGAACUGGCCAGGAAAGGAGCUUGGAAUCAGAAAGAGGGAGGUCUAAACAGAGAGAAAAAAAUCUUUACAGUAAUAUUCGUCAUAAUGCAACUCAAAAGACUUUUGAUGUAGCUAGUGGUGUGUGGAAAUUGUUGCUGCCAUUCAAAUUACAGCUUUGUUUCUGUUUAGUCUUCCUGUAAUUUUUUUGUGAUAACAUUCUCAGUAAUGUAUACCUAUAAUGAAUGCUAGAAAAAAUUCUUAAUAUUUUUAACAGUUUCCUUUAGUUUUUGCAGUGAGGAUCCUGAUGCAGUUCCUCCUUCCAGCUGACAUGUUAAGUAUGAAAAAGCACUUGAUUAAAAAAGGCAAAUGUUUAAAAAUGCUGCUCUUAUUCCUGAAGACACACAGGUUUUGUGGUGAGAUCUACACAUUUUCACAUGUCCCACGUAAUGAUAAUUCAUUAUUGGUUAAUGUGUGUCAGGAUUUCAAGACCAGCUGCAGAAAAAAGUCAUUUUCAAAUACUUGUACCUAAACCCAAACCAUUUUUUUCAUUCACUUAAAACCUUCCAACCAGAUUUUAUUGAUUCUUCCAGUAAUCAUUGUUCUACAACAAAAACAUUUUAGUCUAUUUAUGGAUUGUAAUAGAAAGUGUGAACAGAAAGGUACUUACAGUAUAUCAAGUUUUAUGACACUGAUGAGAGUGGUAUGGAGCAGUAUUACUCUCUAGGGAUAUGCUUUUUAGAGUCAGAACCCCUGUUUUCAUAAAUGUUUUAGAAAUAUGGGGCGUUUAGAAUCUGGAGAAUUAAGAUGACUGCUAUAUCCCUGUAACCUCCUGAGGAGUGACGUAGAAGGAAGAUAAGAGUAUGAUACUACAGAAAGGCUAAAAGUGGAUUUGUUUGUAAUAAAAAAUUAACUGAAUUGUUCUUUUUGACUUGCUUUUAAAAAAUGAUUGAGAGCUGCUGAAUUUGAAAAAGUGCUAUGUUGCAAUUGUAGCAAUGUGAGGUUUACAGGAUGUCUGUAGCAGAAAGAGAAAGUUAUAGGUAAGAAGGAUACACAGAACUGAAAGACUUUUAAAAUCUUUUUUAAAAGACUUCAGUAACAUCUCUGUGGCCACCCAUCUUUUUGUGUGGCACAUAUUAACUAUGCAAAGUAACUAAGAAAUGGAGUUGUGUGGAUUAUAACCAUAAAUUCUUCUUGGCAUCUGAACUGGAGUCUUGAUUUAGGAGCAUGGGUUGAAUUAUUUGUACAACAACGUUUUCUACAGUUUCAAAUGGAAAUGCCUUGGCUUACAUAUUUCAGCAACGUGUAUUAGAAAUCCAUUGAAUAAGGUAUUGAGCAGAAGUAACAGUUUGAACAAGUUUUGUAAAUAUGUGCGGAUCAGUCCUGUUCUCCUAGUAGCACAGGAAUCUAUUGAGGUAAUGGUAAAUAUGCAGAAACAUGAUGUUCAGUCCUAAAUGCUAUUUUUUUUAAAUAUGGUUACAGAAGUCUGUCUCCUGUUCCUCAAGGCAGGUAUGCAUUGCCUGCCACUGAGAAAGUAUACUAAUUUGACUGGGGGUUCUUAAUACUUUGUCCAGUGACUGAAUAUAAAUAUUAACAAAAUAGUGUCAGUACCAUACAUAUUUUGUUCUUCUUCUUAGAGCUUCUUCUUUGUACAGACUGGAUUCCAGUUUUUAAUUUGCAAGACAUGUUCUGUGUACUGUAGAUCAAUCCAUUCAAAACUAGAAGUCUGGAUUAAAUCUGUCGAAGCUCAGUGCUAGUAGUACAGCCAAUGUUAAAUAAUGCAUUUUAAUUUCUAAAGCUCUACAGUAGCCACCAUUAGCAUUGUAAAGGAUCUUCUGAGGCUUUUGAGUUGCAUUAUAGAUGUUUUUUGAUUAUUACAUUUGGAUAGUCCAUCAAAAUGAACAGAAAUCUACAACCUAUAGUUAAGAGUGAUGUAUUUUCUUGUCUUCUGCCUGCGUUUUCAUAUUACUGCUGUCGAAGUGCAGCGAAGUACUCCAGUCUUGUGGCAACCUACUUGUCUGUAAUGCCGUCUAACUCAUGGUCUUAAUUUUGAAAGAACUCAUUCACUGUCUUCUAAUUUAACUCAGUCUUGUUAAUACAACAGAGUUAGAAAUGAGGUUGAAAAAAUCACGUGAAUUGCUCUGUAAUAUGCUUAUGUACUAAUGAGACAAAUUUAUAAAAUGUUAAUUUGCGAUUGUCUUUUUCAUUUGAUCUGUCACUCAUUUUCUUGUAUGUGAAUGAUUGUUUACAGAACAGUCUAAAUACAUAGAAUGCAGACAUCUGCUGGCCUUGGUUGUCUUUUUUGCUUCUUCUUAAUGUGGUCAUUUUUCUUACCUUCCGAAUGGUGUGUCUUGUAAGCUGUAAUGGACAAAUAAAAGAUACCAGUCCUUGCUUGUUCUUAAAAACAA